AUGUCUUCUCAUCAUUUCCUCCUGAUCGUCUAUAUACUAGGUACUGCUUCAUUGCAACGCAACAUUUUUGAUCAACACAUUCAUAUUUAUCCAAUCUUUUCAGUUUUUUUUCUGUUCAUGGUCUUUGCUUGUUUGACAUCUUGCAGGAAUCACUAGCUGCAUUUCUAGGGCUUGGAUUGUAAAAAUGCCAAGCAACAUCAGAGGACUGUUGGGUUCCUGCCUCGUCAUCCCCUGCAGCUUUGACUACCAUGAGUACCCACCUCGCAGACCAGAUCGAGUGGUUUGGUAUCAGUAUGUGAGCCAUGGAUAUCCCCUAGUUUAUGACAACUGGUACCCAAAUAAUGUCAUCAAUGUCUUUAAAGGAAAAACAAAAGCAUUUACAUCUACAACUUUCAAGAAAUGCACUCUUCAAAUAUUCCCAGUGACAAAGUCACACCACAUGCAGAGGAUUUACCCCUGGGUAGAUCCAGAGAAUGUCGGAAGUAGCACAUAUCGGUUCUUUGAUAGGACUGUAAAAAUUGAAGUAGUGGGUAAGUAAUCAGUUUAAGUUCACAAAGAUACCCCUUAAAAUAAAGCAUGUUUGCUUUAAUGAGUAUUUCUCAAAUUGCUGUUGUGCAGGCAAAGCAGACAAACCAGACAUCGUCAUCUAUGGAAAAAUGAUGGUUGGACAGUUAGUGACAGUGCAGUGCAUUGUUUAUCACACCUGUCCUUCAUAUCCACCCACUCUGAGUCUCAAUAUCCCUCUGCUAAAACAUCGCGUUUCCCAUGAUGUAAUACCUGAUGGCACAUCCAGGACUACUUUGACGACCAAUUUAAAAAUAGAGAGAGACCAGCAGACUGUGGAGUGCUCUGUCCGUCACACUGGGGGCUUGACCGCUGCAGCCUUUCAAACCUUAAAUGCAGAAUGUAAGUAGCAGAUGUACUAAAGUAAAAGCAUUUUUUCCUCCUUUAAUGGCCUUGUGAUUUAAAGGUUGUCAUUUGUGUCUCAGGCUCCUUUUUAUCCCUGACUAUCCGGUCUACGUCAAAUGAAUUUAAUGAGGGACAGGCGACAAGGGUAACCUGCACAGCCUCAUACACGUGCCCAAAACAAAAUCCAACUCUCACCUGGAACUACGCAAACAUGCCGGCUUCUACGGUUACCAGCAGCAGUGGAAGUGCUCAAUGGAUAACUGUGUCUACACUGAGUUUCACAGCAUCACCCAGCGACCAGGGGAGAUCCCUUACAUGUUAUGCAAGAUUCAGUGGUGGACAACGGCAGGAAAGCAUUACUCUGAAUGUAAAGAGUGAGUAAAAAUAAGAGAAAAAACACAUUUUUUUUCCUUUGGCUUAUUAAGCAACAACAUAGCAGAUUUGUCUUGCAAGUUUUAAAGAAUUUAGACUGAGAUUUUGUCAUGGAAAGAUUCCUGCAUGGAAAGAUCUGGUUUAUUAUCAUCAAAUUAUGACAAAGAGCUGUAUUUGCAUAUGUACAAAACUUGUAAAUUGCUUGAAUUGUCAGUGUUCGCUGCAUGCAACAGUGCAGUCAGCUGAAAUUUACACCCUGACCCCACCCAGACUUUUUUUGGCCUCUUGGUAAAAUUUUCUGCCCGGACUUACAAGAUCACAAAGUCACACAAGGUCUCCACAAUAUCUCCCAGUAACGUUGAUAUUUUUCAGCUCUGGUCCUGUUUCGUGAUUGUGUGUUUGGCUAAUAGGUAAAGUAAUUUCUGUAAGUGCUCCAGUACUGAGGAAGUUCCAGGUGAGGGCGAAUGGCAGCUGCAAAAUGAGCUAAGAUGUAGUUUGACUGCAAUCGUUCAUCGUCACUACAAGUGCUUUAAUUUACUACUAAUGAGUUUUGAUUGUUAUUCCAAAUGUAGUCACAAAGUAUUUGAAAUCUAAAGAGUCUCAUAUACAGGAGUCUAUGUGGUGUGUUGUUUUGAAAUUCAGUUGAUUCAGUGGAUGGUUAUGCUAUUCCUUUGUCCAGGUCAAUCUGAUCUCUUAAGUGCAGUUGAUGCGUGCAAGGCUCCUACAAAAAUAGACACAGUACAUAUGUUCAAUGCAGCAGAGCAGGGAGACACUUCUGAGCAGAAUAUGUCGCUGUGUUUCCUGUUGAAACAUGAGCAUCGAAAAGAGUGGGUAAAGGUCAGUGACAGAGUAUGCAGUGCUGAUGGGACAUGAUGCACACACUUCCUGCAGAACUUUGGUGUAAUCUCACACAUCUGAAAAAAUUUCCCAUCAGUGAGUUGGUAAGUGUGAUGACCAUGAGUGUGAACCUGAGAUGGCGACACAUGACAGAAUUAAUAAAAAAAGACUGAAGAAGAAGUGUGUUUUCAAGGCAAGAACAGAGAAGGCGAGACACAGAUGUGAUGAGAUGUUGCAUCAAAAAAAUAAUAAAUCACAUUAUAGAAAAAAAAAACAGAAAUCAAUAAUCAAAGUGAAUCAGAUUAUUUUUCAAGCUAUUCUGAAUUAAUUUUGAACAUUUUAGCAGCUAUAAAUAAACCUCUUGUAAUGGUUUGUGUCAAAUCUGGCACCUCAUGUGGACAAAAAAAAUAACAAAUAGUGUAUCUGACACCUAGCCUGUGGAAGCAGUGAGAAAAAAAUAUUUUGAUGCUGUCAGUCUUUAUGUGAAAGGUUUUGCAAUUCAUUAAGAAGCACCAGGCUUUAUUGUCCUUUGUUUCAUAGCCAGCGUAAAACUGCGUCUUAGAGCUUUCAUAUAAUGAUAUUAAUGAUGGAUCAAAUUAGCAUAUGUAGUAUGACUGAGCUCUCUAGCAGUGAAUAAUAAAUGCUAAGUGAUGUAAUUCUCAUGAAACAGUUUUUUUUUAGCUCAAAAGAGGUUUUUCACCUUCUUCAAGGUCAGUGGUUUGGUUUUGAGGCCCACAUAAGUUUUUUAUUUCUCCCCCCAUGUGUAUAGUUUAACCUUAACACAAGUUAAAGGUCAUAUGCUUUUAUGGGGGUUCACACAAACACUCUAUUUUGAAACUGUUCAAAAGAUUGCAUAUAUAUAUAUGCUUUCACUUGUUCCCUUUUUCACAGGAAGCAUGCUCUCUCGUGGUUGGUCCUUCACUACUCCUGGUAGCAUCACAGGCACGAAGGGUUCGUGUAUCAUCAUUCCUUGCAGAUUCACCUACAGUUCCCGCCAACCUGAUGGCCUCGGAGUUAUCUGGUACUUGUUGGUGCCGUUUGACCAAAGACAAGGUGCUGUCAGUGAGUUCAAAGGGAGAACCAGCUUGAUUGGAUCUGUGAAGGAUGGGAAUUGUAGUCUAAAGAUUGAGCAGCUGGAGAUGUCACACAACCAGAGGAGACUCUUUCCGUGGGUGGAUGUAAACCCGAUUACCUCUUAUAACACCCAGGGGUUCUCAUUUAAUGACAAAAUCUCUCAAAUUGUUGUUUUGGGUGAGUACAUUUUGCCAUUCAGAAGUCAGUUCAAUCAAAAGCAAACAAAUUAUUUUUUAAGUGGCCUGCUUUGAUUUGUAGAGCAUGCAGAGAAACCGCAGAUGAACCUAAUUGGGAUCCCUCGGGUGGGGGAGCAGAGCAGAGUGUCCUGCAGUGUUCAUCAUGCAUGCAUCUCAGCCGUGCCCUCACUUACUCUAAAUGGUGUACCUGGAGAAGAUGUACUGACAGACACUCUGGUGUCUGAUAGUGUUUGGGAGAGGAAACUGGAGAGAACUUGGACCGUGAAAGAAACAGACCAGAGUGUGACGUGUACUGUUAGCCACCGUGGUGGUCAGAGAGCAACAAAUGAACUCAGACUGAAUGUUGAAUGUGAGUAUGAUUCAUUGACUGUAUAUAAAGAUAAGCAAUACGUCUCUCACUUCUUUCUGUUGAAGAAAAGAGAAGCUAAAAUACCACCUAAUAUAUUCACACCAUAGACUGUAUAUAGAAUGGAUGCUGCCUGCCUCCUUGCUGGGUAAAGCCACUCUGAGAACAGCACCCUCUGGUGACGGCCUGCUGUAUAGAUCAUAAAUCCCGCCUCCGCCAGCAAAGCUUUUGGGGCUGUGGACAAGCUUUAGAAAUUUAUUACACAGAACAUUAAUUUUUCUCUAUGAUGUUGACAUGUAGUUACUGUAAGACUGGUUUGUGCUCAAGUCCUCUUUUUUCUGUGCAGCUCCCCUUUUAAAAGACGUUAUGAGGUUCAAGUUUUCUGUGAGUGACACUUGAUACAGCCUAUGGGUGUAUGAAGAUUGCGUAGAUCACCUGGGAGAUGCGCUGUUUGAGUCGAGCGUCAUCACAGCUUUACUUGGCAACUCUCCCGCCGAAUGCGUACAAUGCUACUGCACAAGUGGUGGUUUCAGGAAAUUGAGAAAAAACACGGAAAUACCAAAAGCUGUCGGCCUCAAAUCCAUAUACUGGUGGAAGGCGGAACCAAGUUGUCCAUAGUAUAUACAGUCUUUGAUUCAGACAGACAAAGUACACAUUUGGAGCAAGACUAUGCACAAUGGGGACUGUCAGGUGGAGCAACAACAUCGGCCUGCUGUAUCUUCUGCUCAUCGAACACACAUUUGUUUAGUUUCUUUUUGAAUGUACAAUUUCUUGAUACAUCAGUUUAUUCCAUUGAACAAUAGCUCAUGUGAAUCAACCAGAGCAAUAUAAAACCAAGCUAGUGGUCACUACUAAGGGAAGUGUGAGUGCCACGGGAUAACCUUUGUAACCUAGCAACAGUAAGGGCCAUUGAAUGUUUGAUUUGAAUUAAUGCGCUAUUGACUCUUCAUACAUAAGCCUCGCUAUCAUCUUUCUGGCCAGGUCCAUACAACAAAAUUGCAAUGAUAAAGCGUCCAGGCAAUGUGACGGAGGGCGUAGCAGAGAGUGUCAUCUGUUCUGUUUCCUACAAGUGCGAGAGAAAUACACCAAACAUUGAGUGGAACUACGAAGACAUGCAGAGCUCAAUAAGGACAAAGAAGAUCAGCGAUUCCUACCAAACGGUCUCAAAUCUAACCUUUGUUGGCUCACUGAAGGAUGACAAAAGCUCUUUGACCUGCACUGCUCGGUUUCGUACUGGGGAGACUUCAGACUCAGCGACCCUUCACAUAAGAAGUGAGUUCCUACACAUCAUGCACAGUGAUCCUUUAAUGGAAAAGUUCAACACUUUGGCUGUGUCUAAAUUCACAUAUUAGCACAUCAUACAAACUGAACUAAAUAUAUCCAACCACAUUUAUAAUAUGUAUAUACAUAUAUAUAUAUAUAUAUAUAUAUAUAUAUAUAUAUAUAUAUAUAUAUAUAUAUAUAUAUAUAUAUAUAUUAUAUAUAUAUAUAUAUAUAUAUACAGUACAGGCCAAAAGUUUGAACACACCUUCUCAUUCAAUGCAUUUUCUUUAAUCUCAUUACUAUUUAAAUUGUAGAUUCUCAGUGAAGGCAUCAAAACUAUGAAUGAACACAUGUGGAAUCAUGUGCUUAAGAAAAAAGUGUGAAAUAACUGAAAACACAUUUUAUAUUUUAGAUUCCUCAAAGUAGCCACCCUUUGCUUUUUGAUAGCGCUGCAAACUUUUGCUGUUCUCUCAAUGAGCUUCAUGAGGUAGUCACCUGAAAUGGUUUUUACUUCACAGGUGUGCUUUGUCAGGGUUACGUACUUCUGUCAUCAAGAGCAAAGGGUGGCUAUUUUAAAGAAACUAGAGUAUAAAACAUGUUUUCAGUUAUUUCACACUUUUUUACGAGUACAAAAUUCCACGUGUUCAUUCAUAGUUUUGAUACCUUCACUGAGAAUCUACAAUGUAAAUAGUCAUGUAAAAAUAAAGAAAAGACACUGAAUGAGAAGGUGUGUCCAAACUUUUGGCCUGUACUGUACAUAUUAUGUAUCCAUCUACAAUACCCAUGUAAGCACUUAGAACACAUACACAAAAAAAGCACCAAUUGAAAACAUACUAAAUUCCCAAUAUAACACUUCUCUUUGUAUAAGUAGUAAUGAUAUUUUGCAAUUGUGGACAGGCUGUAAGUUUUCUUGGGGUGACUUCCUCUUUUGCAAGGAAGCCACAGCAAUUAGAAAGUUUCUAGGUUAGCAUAAAAACUAAAAACAAUAGAAAAGCUUCUCAUCUAAAGGUAUCAAAAUCUGCUUUCUAUCACUUCUACUGGAUUCUGAUUAAGUUCUAAAUAGCUUUUUAGCAGCUUUACAUAAUUUACAUAAUUUACUUCCUUCCUCAUUCAUUUCAGACCCUGUCCCUUUGAGCCCCAGGUUUGAGAGUGGUAUUGAUCUUCUUCUAUAGCUCCACCUGGAGAAAAAUAUAGAUAUUCUUGAGAAAAAUAAACAUUUUGUUUUUUAAACAAAACUGCUCUUCUCCUUAUUUGUUCUAUUUUUACUGAAGCUUUAUUACCUUGUUAAAAAAAGUGCUGCAUCAAUAAGGAAUAACAACAAUGUCCCAUUUGCUGCUAUUUAUUUUUCAGAAUAUGAGAGACCAAUAGAAGAAAUGGAUCCCGAUCAAGAUGGCUGUGGGUUUGCCUCUUAAUUUAACCUUGUAUUUUAUCUAUGAAGGUUUCUACCAGCAUUAAUGCAUUGUGGUUUCUCUCUUUCCAGCAUUUCACAUUCUGGAUGCCGACGUCCCUUUCAGAUUCAACGCUCUGACCCGCUCCUGUGUAGUGAUUCCCUGCAGCUUCCAGUACCACGGCGAUGUGCCUCUCACACGAGGCAUCUGGUUGAAAAGAAAAGGGGGUGUUGUGUUCCAUAAUGGCCGCAGCCAUGUGCUUGACCAUUUCAAGGACCGCACCAGAAUGAUAGGAGAUCUGAGUGAGGGAAACUGCUCUUUGGAGAUUGAUGACAUCAAGCCCUUUGACAACGGGCCCUUUUGUUUUUUUGCAGAGAAAGGAGAAGAAAAAUACAAAUUCAACAACAGCUGUGUAUUUAUUGUCAUGAAAGGUCUGUAAUCUUUUCUUAUUUUCAGGUUACUCCACAUUGCCGUUUCAUUUUCUGUCUGUAAACAAGGGUUUUUGAUUCUUUGUGUUUUACACUCACAGCUUCCCCAGAAAAACCUGCCAUGACCUCGGUUCCAGCAGAGGUCAGUGCCGGCUCGGUGAUUACUGUCUCCUGUUCUGUGACGCAUACAUGCUCAUCACAUCCUCCAAAGUUCUCGUGGAGUGUGCCAAACAUCACUAGUGAAGUCACACACACUGAGAAACAGCGGGGCAUCUGGGAGACAACCUCUACUAUCACUUUCAUGGCUACAGGAGGAGACGGGGUCAAAAGCUUAACCUGUACUGCCACCUCCUGGCGUAACAAGCAACAGGCCACUACAGCAGAGCUGACUGUGAAAGGUAACAGUGCAAAAUUGUAUUUUACCUUUUUCAGCCCAUGACCUGCAACGGCAUCAUAAUGAGAUGUUUAAUUUUCCCAGAUCAAUAUGUACAACUCUCAAAUAUUAUCACUAGGGUCACUGAUGUACCAGAUCCAGAGCUCUCUGCCUGUAACAAUUCCAGUCUCAAUUUUGGUUGUUGUGGCUGCAGCACUUGGAGUUGUCAUCUACAGGAGAAGGUAGAAUGAAUAUAAGUCCAUUCAGUCAAUGCCAUAGGUGCUAUGUCUCAAUAAUAAUAAUAAUGAUGAUCAUAAUAAUAAUAACAACAGGUGAUCGCACUCAUUUAAUUUUUUUUUUCUAACUUACAGGAAGCGCUCUGAUGACUCACUGAAACCACCACCUCGACCAGAGAAAAGGUUAUUGUUGACUCUGGAUUUCAGACUGUUUCCAGUGAUAUGUAAAUCUCUGUCUUUGAACUAAUCUAUUUAUCUAUUUUCUUACAGGAGAUCAUUAUUUGAUAGGUUAUCCAGGUGAGCUUUUUUAAAAGUGGCCUCAAGACCAGAGCCAGGUUGCUCAGAGGGAUUUAUGUGGGCAACAGUGAUCUGGAUUUGCAAACCAUUUUUACCAAGAUUAGGUUAUCCACCCAAGACUUGUACCAGUUUUUCAAAGGGAUCUGGAUACAAUCAACUAUUAAGAAGCUGAUUCCUUAAAACUAUGAAAUCUGAAAUAUUAGUGAUCCAGAUGAGGCUUCAUGCUACAUGUUGGAUACUACAAAGUUGGAUUUACUGAUUCAAUAUGAUAUCUUCUUUUAUGAAACAAUCUGUUUUGGAGUUCUGGUUCAGUCUCAUCGCUGUAGUUUGAAACUCUGGUGAAAAUGGGCCCAGUUUCUUGUGUCUCUUCAAACGAGAAUAAAAAACAACAGCUCUUAGUCUGUGAAUGGCUUGUUCAUCUUGUCUUACAAGAAAUUCUUUUACCUGAAAUCUGCAGGAGACACUAUGGGGACAGAGAGAAACCACCAAGACCAGAGAAACGGUGGGUGAGCUGUCUGCUAUUUCAUGUCAUGUACAAAUUCAUAGAUUAUACAGACACAUAGUUUACUUUUUGUUUCCCAUACAGGGGGUCCAUUUGGAGUCGAUUUUCCCGGUAGGAACCCAUAAGAGUACACAGUUCUUGACAAUAUCCUGAUGAAGUGCCUCAUGUUUACAUCUGUAAAUAUUUCAGGAAAAAUAUGGAUGACAGAGUUGGGUGGCAAAAUGAGAGAAGCCACAGGUAAAUGUUCUCCAGUGCUGAGUCAGAUUUGACCACUCACACUCUUGCUGUUUCAGUUUCUGUUGAAAAAUUUACUUCUAAUUUAUUCUAACUUAACAGGAGGUCGUUUUGGGGCAGAUUUUCAAGGUAACAUAUUUAGUUUUGUGUAACAUACAGACAGAAAGGGAAAUAAACCUGGUUAAUUUUAGGAAAUAUCACAUGACAACAUACUUAUUACCCUUGCAGACAACAACAGGACACUUCAAACCUCACUGUUGGGUUUUCGUAAGUAUCAAUAAUCAGUUAUCAAGUAUCAAUACUAACACACUCCUGAUGGAAAACGGACUGAUGCUCUGACCCCCCCUUUAGGAACAACAAAGCCAAUAUAAACUAUAACACUCCAGUCUCCAAGCAGCGCUUUCCAUCUCCAAAGAAGUGAGUUUUACUUACUUGGCUUCUUUCAAAUGACUUACGAUUGUGUUUCAUCAGUUUUUCAUGACAUUAUUGCUUUCUCAUGUCUCUAACUUGUGAUCUAGUGACCGGAGAACUCCCACCUCUGUAAUCUACGAAGUUGACUAUCAGAAUUAA